GGAGAGGGGCGAGAGUCUUGGCGAGUGCGUUGAGUCUUCCUUGACAUCCAUUUGUCACUGUGUCAUCCCAUUAAAUCACUGAAGCGCAUCCGGUAGGGUUAGCCCUGCUACCGUGUCGCUUGCCGUUACUCUGUACCGUGGUUUCAGUGGAUACUUACCUUGGAAAGGACAUUCACAACACUUGACAAACACUGGGCUUCCAUACUGAGAUAUACCAAAUAAUGUGAGUGACAUGAGUCUUCUCUCCACGAAGGUAUGCUGCACUCUACAGCGCUAGAAACCGCGGCCCUCCUCCUCCAGAUCCUUGCGAGCAUCACCCCGUUACAAGCCGUGCCGAGAUUUUCCCCUCCCCCCAAGCGGGUAGUUCAGCAGCAGGUGCCCGUUAUAUGCAGGGAUGGGUGGACCCCAGCUGUGGCAGAGAAUCUAGACGGUGGACCUUCUGCAUAUAUUUGCAUACAGACAAACAGAAAGUCGUUACCAUGGAAACAGUCACGUGAUAUCUGCAGGUCCAAUGAAGCGUUUUUAUUAAAGCUUGACAAGCGUGUGAGGAUUGGCUCCCAGACUUUGGAAGAAUUCAUUACUGACCAAAAUUUGAACACCUUCUGGACGGGUCUACAUGAAGAAGAGACAAAGUUUGUCUGGGAUGAACUGAAUCCGUCACUAGUACAUUCAUAUGCUGGCCCCCAUGCAGGUUAUGGCAAAAUCAAACGAGGUUGGCGAUGGAACACGGACUCAUUUGAUGACGUCACUGGAAAGUGUGGAGUUAUCUCCCUUAACCAUACACUGUCGAGACGGAAGAGGGCGAGCAAUAGCGAUUACGAUGACUACAUGCUAGCACAUCAUAAUGUCGACCUUGACCUUCCUGACUCGGCACCAUCUGGUUUCCGUUACCCUGGCCUUCAUCGCCCCCCAGCCACUGACCCCAGCAGCAAAGAGCUGUUACCAUUCUUCCUUGACGGUCUGAACAACGGCGACAUUGAUCAGUUCCUAGUGACCGAUGCUCCCAACUUGACCACCGUCACAGACAGUUCAAGCGAAGAGGACAGCAAUGACUCGGAAGAUGCUCAGAGAGUGAAAAGGAGUACUAUGACAAAGAUUGAUGUGACUGAAUUUCCCCGGUCAUCUGAUGAUGACCAGGCAGACACGACAACGUCAACGACAGUUAAACCGAGUACAGAUACGUCAUCAACCAAAACAACAGAUGUGACGACAACGACCCCCUCCACUACAUCUACAUCCUCUGUACCAACUACUGAACACACGGCAAGCGGACAGUUCACAAGCACUGAGGUUACCGCUGGGUCAACGUCGCUUCCAAACCACAUCAACACGACAUCGACCGUCACUGCAUCUAAAGCCUUUCCUACGUCAACGACUACGACUACUGAGUUACCUUUGCUACCCACGUCAUCAUCGUCACAGACGACUUCAUCUUCAACAGAAACGCCUUCGGUUCAAACAACCACCACGACGUCAACAACAACUACAUCGGGGACUUCAUCGGCUUUCUCCUCGUCAUCAUCCGUUAAACCAUCUACACACCUACCAUCAACUACAUCACAACCAUCUAUUCCGCGGUCAACUUUCCAAACGCCACCUACAGCAGUGACACCCUCAACACAACCAUCAACUGUAAAAACUACAGCGUCCUCGAAAAUGCCGACAACAUCAACUACCCAGACUCCAUCGACUACAACACUCGAGACAAUGCAAAAUAUCGAAAUAACCCGGGAUGCAGUUCACUCCGCCACACCUUUCCCUCUCGGCACGAGUGACGUAACCCUCCCUUCAUCUCCAGCAGCAGCAUCAAUAACAUCAACUAUAGCAGCAACAUCAACAUCAACCACGGCAGCAACAACAACUACAGCAGCAACAUCAACAACAUCAACCACGGCAGCAACAACAACAUCAACUACAGCAGCAACAUCAACAACAUCAACCACAGCAGCAACAACAUCAACAGCUACAGCCGCAACAUUAACUACGGCAGCAGCAACAUCAACAUCAACUACAGUAAAAUCUUCUGGAACCAUUACAACAGAAACUGAAAAAGUAACGCCACCCACAACAAACGGUUUCUCUAAGACUGAAACAACCACUACACUUCCCCCUUCACCCUCGCCACCUCCAACAACAACAACAACAUCGACCACAACAAGUGCUCCAGUGACACCUGAGACGCUUAUGGGACACACUGAAAGAUUAACAUCCAGCGUUGGACGUCCGCCGGCUGGUCAGGCGGUCCAGUACAUGAGCAUGGACGUCUGUGACAGCCCACACUCCUCCGUCUGCUACUCCGAGCCCAUCAACGCCCUCCAGCAAGUAUCUUUCUGUGGAUUUGGCUGGGUUGGACAUCCCUUUGUCGACAAAUGCUACAAGGUGCUGACCUUUCCACUGAAUCACUUCCGGGCCAAGGCGAGCUGUAUUGACGAGGGUGGGACAAUGGCGGCCAUUGAUUCAGAUUUCUAUGGCAACCUGACCGGUCUGGCCUAUAUCCAACUACGGAACAAGAAUACUGCAGUUCCCCCUAGAGUGUGGGUGGACGUCAACGGGCGGGACAAGAUCACCCUCACCGGCGGAUGCCCCGCCCUUCACCAUCUUGACGUCGUUCAGCUGGCGUGUGAGAAGCUCAUGUUCAGUGUGUGCGAGAAACCAGCCUCUGUCAGAAGUUUUGAUAAUCCUAUAUCAUCGUCCCUCAUGAACCAGAAAAAGUUGCUGCGCAUGCUCUCCACGCAGCAGCAGUCAAUUAUUUGCCCUGUCCAAACCUCCACGCCAGAAGAGCACGUCCUGUGGUUCAAAGAUGGCGUCCGCGUCCAAACCUCCUCAGAUGUCCAUCUACAACAAACCUUCAACAAUGUUCCAAUUCAACAGAGAGCCAGGACCCUACAUCUGGGUCUGCCCCUGCUGCGGCGCCUGAGUGAGAGUGGAGGAGUGAUGCACCCCUCCCGUCUCCAGGGCAACUACUGGUGCGAAGUGUGGAAACUCAACCCCCUGCGAAAGGUCAAGUCGGCCAAGUUCCUGGUCGUCUUCACAGACGUCAUCACCCUCCAUGGCACCCUGCAGACACGCGGCGUCCCAACCAACACCUCCGUCGUCUUCAACUACAUGGACCGGGCCGUCGACGUCCCUCUUAACGUGGCCAACUAUCUCGCCAUCAUCAACGACAACAUCACCAGAUCCAUGAGAAUGGUGGAGCCAGGACUCAGAGACAUCGCCAGCUACGUUCAUCAUAUUGACUCAGACACAGGGGUCAUUGACUUCUUCAUACAGCUGUCCUUGGUCAGGAACAUGCCCGAGAACUACAAGGACAGAGUUGUCUCCCAUUAUCUGACGACUCUUCACUCCGUUUUGGUACCAUUGUCACGUGAUAUCAGCCAACACUGGAACCUGUCUCUACCCGUUACAGAUGCGAUCAAUCUGACACGGACAGACUUUUGCCCGCCCGCCUACCUCGAAGACAGCAGGACAGGGUUUGGUGCCCAGUUCCCCAAGACCGCCAUCGGAAACAACGUGGACAGCAUUGAACUUUGUGACGGUGUUGCUGUCGGCUAUGCGAACUGCCAGGGCGACUACGAAACCGGGGCUCAUUGGGAGAACUGGCAGAUCGACACUGAUUGUCACAGUUCCUCUGCUAGCACACUUCCGGUCACAGAUUCUGAUGACCUUCUACGCAACCGGAAGCCCAACAACACUGAACCAGCAGCUUUUAGAAUACCGGGUGCACACUUACCCCAUUUUCAGUUGAUGCCUUCAAAAGAUCUGGCACAUUUGGACGAGAUUGAAAUAGAAGAUGGCAACGUAAGGGAUGUCACGGACAAGAUGGCGGAGAUUCUGGAUAAAACGUCAGGAUUAACCGAUGCCGAUAUUGACACAUGUGCCGAGGUCAUUGGCCGCAUAGUGAAGGUCACAUCACCGUCGGCUAGCCAGAUGGGUCUCCAGCUUCUUCACACAGUCAACAGGAUCCUAGAUGCUGACACUGCCGCCAUUAGAAAUGCACAGCUCAAGUCUCGGGCUGCCACUAGGAUCGUCGAGAACCUGGAGAAAUUCAGCAUGAAGACUGACAUCGGCGCCGCCAAGCACAUGCGCCUGGUGACACCUAAUGUUGCCAUGGAGGUGUGGAACCUGGACGCCGGGAUGGAUCCUGUUAUCGGCCUCGGAGCCAGUAUGGGGGGCAGCUGGAGCUCCCCUCUCACCAACCCACGCAUACUCACCAUCCGAGACCGCUUGGACAGCAGUCUGGCUGAAUUUGACGUGGCCAUUGAACUGCCCCAGGAACUCGUCGUCAAGAGCAUGCACGGGGAGAGCAACACAACGCGCCUCUCCAUGCUCAUCUAUCGGAAGACGGGUCUCUUUACCCCGGGCGUCAAUUCCACUCUGGGUCUCGUCAACAGUGCAAUCAUUUCCGCUACACUGGGAGGCAAGAAGAUCGUGGGGCUUCACAACAUGAUCCGGAUGGCUUUUAGACCGUUUGUUGACACGAGCAACCACCUAAAGACGACGAAGUGCGCGUUCUGGGAUUUCCUUGAGAACCAAGGAAUGGGAGGAUGGUCGACGGACGGAUGCUAUUACAACGGGACGAUGUUCGGCCUGGACAUCUGUAUGUGUAACCACCUGACCAACUUCGCCGUACUGCUGGACUUCUACGGACACAGCAAGCCAGUGGAGCCUGAACAUGAACUGACGCUCAGCAUCAUCUCCCUGGUCGGCCUCAGCCUCUCCAUCUUCGGCCUCGCCCUCACCAUCAUCACAUUCGUAUUCUUCAAGAAGCUGCGUCAGGGGCGCGCCCAGCUCACUCUGUUCCACAUGGCCGUGGCCCUGCUGUGUUCCAAGGUGGUGUUCCUGGUGGGCAUCAAACAGACCAACAACGAGUACUUCUGUCUGUCCGUGGCGGUGUUGCUGCACUACUUCAUCCUGGUGUCGUUCCUGUGGAUGCUGAUUGAGGCCAUAUUGCAGUACAUGACUUUCGUUAAGAUCCUUGGCACGUAUGUGUCACGUUAUGCACUCAAAACGGCCAUUCCUGCAUGGGGCUUGCCUCUCAUCCCUGUGGUCUCCGUGCUCUCGAUUGACUACAACAUGUACAGAGGGCGGAAGUCGUACUGCUGGAUGGGGAUGGAAGCCUUCUAUUACGCAUUUGCUGUACCCGUCGGCGUCAUCGUUGUCAUCAACAUCAUCAUGUUCAUCAUCAUCCUCGCCAGCCUGGUACGACGACCCGACGGUCUCCGGAGCACCCAGUCGAAACAGCGACGAGCUAGGAUGCACUUGAAGGCUGCUGUCACCAUUUUUAUGCUCCUGGGGUUGACGUGGAUAUUCGGCUUCCUGCAGAUCGAGGAUGCUCGGAUCGUGUUUCAAUACGUCUUCACCCUCCUCAGCUCCUUACAGGGUUUCUUUAUCUUUGUGAUGUUGGUAGCCAGAAGGAAGCAGGUUCGCGAUCAAUGGUACUUGUUGUGUUGCAACAAGCAGGACAACCGUCGAGCCCCGAAACAGGUGUCCCCGACGAACAGCAACUCGACGUCGUCGAACGGCUCAGGGGGAAGUCUUUCACUGCACAACAGCAGCACAAGAACUCUUCGCACCAACAUCGACAGGGAGAGCUUUGACUCCGUGUACUACAUACCAACACGGAGGAUGCCAACAGCGUACAAGGCGCUAUAAGGAGUAGAGGGCAUACACACGGGGGCGCUUUUAUCCGUUGUAAAAUGAUCGAGCAUUGAAAUUGUCCCUGUUUUUUAAUUAUUUUUAUUUUUUUGUCCGUUUGUUAAAAGAUAAUUAGCUUUGAGUCAAUAUAUAGAAGUGACAUACCGACUUAAUAAUAUUGAAAUAUUUUGAAUGCUAAAAUAGGAUUGACUGAUCAAUAAUAAUAAUAAUAAUAAUAAUAAUAAUAAUAAUAAUAAUAAUGCGAUACGUAAUAUUGUUACAAAGUAUUGUUAAUAAAUUGUUAUAGUCAUGGUUACCUUGCGCGAUGUCUCUUUAUAAUUUCUGAAAAAGAUUAUUUGCCAAAUCAUUCACAAUUACAAAUGGCGGAUGAAUUCUGAAACAAGUGCGCGAACGUCCCCCGAGAAACGUUGCCCUAUAGGAAUCUAUCCUCACGUCUUUCAGUGCCCAGCCAUUUAAGUCAAUGUAGUAGUUGCAGCCGGGGAAGAAGUUGAUAUGUGUUGUACAGGCGCCAGUAUGCCGGGCCUCUGUGACCCGAGCGUUGGUAUAUCAUUUUGUAUUAUACAUACAUACAUACAUACAUACAUACAUACAUACAUACAUACAUACAUACAUACAUACAUACAUACAUACAUACAUACAUACAUACAUACAUACAUACAUACAUACAUACAUACAUACAGGCUGUGUUGUCUGUCUCAGAGUAAGGUGGUGGUCUACGGCAUUAGUACACGUCUCAACAGCCACGGAAGCCCCGUUAAUCCAGACUCUCCUCAUUACGGACACACACUCUUGGAGAUAGUUGUGUAUAGACAAAAUGGGCAUAACUCCGUAUCCUUGAUUUGUCAUUGUGGACCUGUUUAAACCAUGGUGAAUUCUAUCCACGAUUAUCCAGUGUAUCUAUAUUUUAUUUAUUUUAUAUCUAAAAUAGAGGCUAAGUCACCUGUAAUCGUCUCGAGUUUCCAUUUUGGCACAGAAACAAGCGGAAC